GGGGGAUGGUGAGUCGGAGAUAAACACUCCGCGGCGGUGGCGGCUGCUGCUCUUCUUCGGGUUCUGUCACGGUGUUGGCGGUGCCCAGCUCACCGGCCCCCCUCCCCCUUCCGGCGAGCGCGGUCGCCAAAGAGGCUUUCUCAACCCUGCUCUGCGGGGUCCACAGCAGGGUGCGGGUGUCCGGCGGCGGCGGCGAGCCCGUGGGCAGUGGGGGUUGGUCCCGCGGCUCCGGCCCCCGGUGCAGAAUGGCGGCGGCGGUUCGGAUGAACAUCCAGAUGUUGCUAGAGGCGGCCGACUACCUGGAGCGGCGGGAGAGAGAAGCUGAACAUGGUUAUGCCUCCAUGUUACCAUACAAUAACAAGGACAGAGAUGCCUUAAAACGGAGGAACAAAUCCAAGAAGAAUAACAGCAGUAGCAGAUCAACUCACAAUGAAAUGGAGAAGAAUAGGCGGGCCCAUCUUCGCUUGUGCCUGGAGAAGUUGAAGGGGCUAGUGCCGCUUGGACCUGAAUCGAACCGACACACUACGUUGAGUUUAUUGACAAAAGCCAAAUUGCACAUAAAGAAACUUGAAGAUUGUGACAGAAAAGCCAUUCACCAAAUAGACCAGCUUCAGCGAGAACAGCGACACCUGAAGCGGCAGCUGGAGAAGCUGGGCAUCGAGAGGAUACGGAUGGACAGCAUCGGCUCCACUGUCUCCUCUGAGCGCUCAGACUCCGACAGGGAAAUCGACGUGGACGUUGAAAGCACAGACUAUCUCACGGGGGACCUGGACUGGAGCAGCAGCAGCGUGAGCGAUUCGGACGAGCGGGGAAGCAUGCAGAGCCUCGGCAGUGACGAGGGCUACUCCAGCUCCAGCACGAAGAGGAUAAAGCUCCAGGACAAUCACAAGACGUGUCUGGGCCUCUAAGAGAGCGUGGUCUCCUCGGCUGCCUCCCGAUGGUUCUCUCGGCGGACGGGCUUAGGUAGUGUAUUGGACCCGCCCACAGCCCCCCUGCACGUAAGCUUCCGUGUACCACCUCUACCAAACUCAGCUUUGUAAACGUUCUUGCGGAAGUGCUUAGGAUUGUGGGUUUCUGAUUGCAUCCACUAGCUUCUCUCUCUGUCCCUAAAAAUUCAUCCGAGAGACUGUACAUUCCAAUCAAUUUGAAGCACCCAAGAAUUCUUAGACCGAAUAAGCAACUUUCACAUCUCAGCAGUUUCCCCCUCUUCCUUACCAUCCCCGUGUAGUCUAGCAAACCUUUCUUAGAGUUUUCUGGCUAUGUUACUCACCUAGCAGAAAUGUCCGAAUGUGUCUUGUGCUUAGGAACCUGAAGGAAACAAACUUUUAAAGUCGAGAUCCUGAUCUCAGAACUCCAAAGCAAGCUUUGAAAGCGGCGUUUAAGAGCACUUAACUGUGGACCUCACCCCCCGUGAGGAGUCAGGAAUACCUCCAGAAAACACCCCCUCACACACACCCUGCGCUGCUUCCCCGACCCGCGACCCGUGACCCGCGUGUGGAUGGGAGCAGUACUUCUCACUUUAGAAUGGACAUCUUGAUGGCAGGUCUCUGGGGCUGCACAGCUUUAUCAGAGCUCCAGCGGCGCUCGUUCCCACCCACCAGACGGUACAAUCUCUGCGAUGUGCUCUGGGCCGCGCCGUCCACUGCUGUCCCAAGACCCGUUUUCCCCUCCAAGUUUGUUAUGCUACUUGUCUCUGGAACAUUUUUUUUUCCUACCUCAGAGAUAAAUGAGAUCUCCAUUUCCCACUUAACACAAAGCGAUUAUGCCUUUUUUUCACCCCCCAAAUAAGUGACACUUGGUCCAAUUCUAAUCUAUUUUCCUAUCUAACUUUCAGCAAUAACUGAGCUUUGGCACUAGCUGAGCUAGUGUCCAUCAUCAGUGAAAGGAAAAGUCCACAUUUCUACUCUGUUGCAGGUGAACAGGAGGGGAGGGUACAGUGUUAUUAGAAUUCCUCUCCUUAUUUUUGGAUAUGCCCAGAAUCUUCUUAAUGGAGGCUUUUGGGUUGCUAGUUUAAAAGGCUGAUCUUUCUUUUUGGUUAUGAUUUCCCCCUUAAGUGGUCUCCCACUUUGUAGCAUUUUUAUUUAAGCUAAAACAGAGCACAUGUAUAUGUACAUAAGACACAUUAAAUCUAUAAAUACUAUUUAUUCAUUUUAUAUAAACUAAUGUAAUGGAAAACAAAUUCUUAUGACUUUGUGCUUUUAUAGAUGUUCUAGAAACUUUGUAUGUAGGUAUCUACAAAAUUGGUUCAUUCCCCUUAAUAUUUUUGCAUUCAUAUUUUUGACGUCGAGGUUUUCCACCUCUGACGAGUCUUUUUCAUUGAAUUUGAACCAUUUGUAAACCCUGUGACGCUGAAACAGAGUGUGUGUCACAAAGUGACGAGAACAUUCCUAAAAUCCACAGACGCACUGCAACCUAAGGGCUCCAAGGCUGCACCAGCCGGCGGAGGGGUGGGGGGGCGGGCAGCUGCCCAGCGCUCCCUGCCGCCUGCGGUCUCUGGCCCCCUCCCAGCCUCACCAUGCCUCCAGCGCCUCCGCCUUCCACACAACUCAGAGUUCAAACGUGCUCCACAAGGAAGCUCAUUCUGCACGUGAAGAGCGGGCCAAACAAAGAUUACUUUUGUUUUUUCAUUUUAAUGAUUCUCUAUUAAAAAAAUUUUAAUCGGAAGUAGUCGAUUCCUAAAUGCUUCCAAACUCAUCUGUCAUUCUUCUGUUUUUGUUUUCUGUUUUGUUUUUUUUUUCCUUCAUUUCAGCUUUGGGUGGGGGGGGGGGCAGGUGACACAAAGGAUUUUUUUUUUUAAUUGGAAUCUUUUCCAAUGACCAGCUGAAGAUUUGCACUGAAAUACAACUUGUAUGCCUUUUGCAUUUUUAAAGCCUGCUUCCUGAAUUUAAGCAGAGUGAUAGUGUUGAAAGAGCCAGCUCAGCCUGUAACAUGUUUGAAAAGAUGUAUCUGCACUUUGAGGUCCCUUUCGAAUGCCAUUCAUGAGACCUCUCAAGCAUUUUAAUUGCUACAUUCAAGCGCCUCACAAGUCCAAGAUGCCAGAUGCCUUAAGGCAUCGAAAACUCAAGACUUUGGGCAAAGCUUGUGGGCUUGCAUCGGGGGAGGGAGGGGAACAGAAUUUGUGUAUUUGUUUGAUUUCAAAAUAAGGCAUCUGAGAGAUGCCAUUAUUUUCUGUGUUUAAGUUAAACUGCAUUUUUGUCUUUUGGUUGAAAUGUACUGUCCCAAUAUAAAACAGUAAUUAUUUGACCUUUGCACUGUUUGUCUGGUCCUUUUCAAUUUGAUUGCAUAUAGAAAUGUGGAAUUUGAUCUAUUUUUAAUGCACUUGUGAUAAACUGACACCAGGGUUAGACAUUACUUUUCAAAGCUCGAGGUAGACCGAAUCGGCAUGCCAGAUAGGCCUCUAACCAAAACUGUAAAUUCAGGACCAGCAAACUCAGCCCAAGGCAGCUAAUCCUCUUCCCUACGAGGGUGAUCGGCAGCCCUCAUUUGCCAACCUACCCUCUCAUUCACUGAUCCACCAGCGUGACUGUUAAGAGCUAUAAAGUCUUUUUGGUUGUUUUGGUUUUUUUAAGCAAAAUGAAAAACCUUUCUAUUAGGGUUGUUGGGGGGAGGGGAAUGGGCAAAGAUAUAAACCCCAGCCUUUAAAACUUUGACAAUUGUACGUAAAUAUAGAUGUGUGUAAAUAUAGGCACAUGCAUAUUUUUAUGUAAAAUUGAUUUUUAAAAACUGAAAAGAAAUCUAUACUCUUACUGAUACCAUCGCAAUGCAGAUGGGAAGGUAAGAGUAUGUAGUCCAAUUUCAUGCAGUGAGAAAAUACCGGUGCGUGCUGUUAACAUCCCAGAACACAGCUUUCCACGCCUGUUGGCUUAGAAUGGCAGGUGAAGCACCCAGGGUAUUUUGUUUGGGUUUCUUCUGCUAAGCAAAGAUCUUGAAUUCUCCAAGGUGCUGAUAGUGACUGCUGACUCCUUUCUCUAGUCACAGACCUAAUGUUAGUUUGUGAUGCUCUCUGAAUCACUUUUUUGAGCAGGACCUAAAUUCUCCUCCCAAUAAACCCAAGACUCCAAUAAUGCCCAGGACGAUUCAAAAUUGAGCACUGUAAUAGGCCCCUGACCCUGCAGUUGGCCACUUGAGUGGUUUUAGUUUUUAAAGGAAGUAUUUUCUUUUAUCCUCUAAAAAAAAAAAAAAGAAAAAGAAAAA